AUGAAUUAAAAAAUGAUAUAAUAGAAUAUUUACUUUGAGAAUCUAAAUGAUCUUUUAAACUCUUCCGUUUAAUCUCAUUCAUCCCUCCAUAUUGAUCUAUUUUACAAAAAAAUUAAUGCUAUUGAUGCUUCAAGCUUAGGUUCUGCCUUAGCAAAGUACACUAAUCUCUCAAAUUUGACACUUCUUCUUGGUCAAAAUGAAAUAGGUGAUGAGGGUGCUUCAGGCUUAUGUUUUGCUUUAGAAAAGUUCACUAAUCUCUCUAAAUUGACACUUGAUCUAAAUUACAAUUAAGUUGGUGAUAAAGGAGUAUCGGGUUUAGGUUUUGCUUUAGAAAAAUGCAAUAAUAUCUAAAAUUUGACACUUGUUCUUCAUUCCAAUUUAUUUGGUGAUGAAGGUGCAUUAGGCAUAGCUUUUGCCUUAGCAAAUUACUCUAAUCUCUAAAAUUUGAAACUUGAUCUAGGUUCCAAUGAUAUAAGUGAUGAAGGUACAUCAGGUUUAGGUUCUGCUUUAGCAAAAUGCACUAAUCUCUCAAAUUUGACUCUUACUCUUGAUUGCAAUUAAAUUGGUGCAGUUGGUGGAUCUGGGUUAGGUUUUGCUUUAGAAAAAUGCACUAAUCUCACUAAUUUGAUACUUGAUCUUAGUGGAAACUAAAUAGGAGAAGAAGGUGCACAAAGCUUAGGUUAUGGUUUAGAAAAGUGCACUAAUCUCUCAAAUUUGACACUAGAUCUCAAUUUAAAUUAUAUUGGUGCAAUUGGUGCAUAAAGUUUAGGCUAUUCUUUAGUAAAGUGCACUAAUCUCUCAAAUUUGACACUUCAUUUGAUUGAAAAUUAAAUUGGUGAUGAAGGUACAUCAAGCUUAGGUUCUGCUUUAGCGAAGUGCAAAAAUCUCUCAAAUUUAAUUCUUAAUCUUUGUGAUAAUUAAAUUGGUGACGAAGGUGCAUUAGGCUUAGGCUCUGCUUUAGUAAACUGCACUAAUCUAUCAAAUUUGAUUCUUGAAUUCUAUUAAAAUCAAAUUGGCGAUUAAGGUACAUCAGGAUUAGGUUCUGGUUUAGCUAAGUGCACUAAUCUCUCAAAUUUGUCUCUUAACCUUGGUUAUAAUUAAAUCGGUGAUUAAGGAACAUAAGGCUUAGGUUUUUGUUUAGCUAAGUGCACUAAUCUCUCUAAUUUGACACUAGAUCUUGGUUAAAAUUAAAUUGGUGGUGAAGGUGCUAAAGGCAUAGGUUUAGAAAAAUGCUCCAAUCUUUCAAAUUUGAAUCUUGAUCUUAGUUACAAUAAAAUUGGUUAUGAAGGCAUAUCAGACUUAGGUUCUAGUUUAGAAAAGUGCUCUAAUCUUUCAAAUUUGACACUCAAUCUUCACAAAAAUUAAAUUAGUGAUCAAGGGGCAUCUAUCUUAGGUUCUGCUUUAGAAAAUUGCUCUAAUCUUUCAAAUUUGACACUCGAUAUUCGUUGCUAAUCAAUUGGAGAAAUUGGAGCAUCAAACUUAGGUUCUGGUUUAGGAAAGUGCACUAAUAUCUUAAAUUUGAAACUUUCUCUUGAGAAAAACUAAAUCAAUUGGUCGCAAUAAUUGAAAAUAAAAAGCAAGUGUCUAAAAUAAAAAAGAUUGGUUGUCUUUAAACUAUUUUUCUAUUGA